CCCAGAAGCAGUGCCCAAGGAGCCCCUACCCGGCGUCUGCUGGCGGCUGCGCUCACUCCCCGCCCCGCCCCGCCCCGCUCCGCCCCACGCGGGGUCCGGAGCGCCCGGUGGGCUGAUCCCCGAGCUCGGCGGCAGCAGCGGCCGAGGCAGGAGGAAGGGGGACCCCCGGCUACGGGUUGCGUGGCGGCGGCGGGGCCGGGAUGCUGGGUUUUGGAUACCGCGCCGGGCGCUGUCCGCGGUGCUGAAACGCCGGCGCCUCCAGGACCCGGCCAGAGCCGGAGGAGAAGCAGCAGCUCACCGGUCCAUGUCUGGGGUGGGGAGCCCCCCAACCCCGCAGAGGAGGCGGACCCGGCCUCGGUGGGACAGCUCACAGCAGCCCGGAGCCUUACACUCCCUGCUCUGUCCUCCAUCGGGGCGUCUUCUCCAUGCCGUGAGCUCCUGGAAGACAAAGCACCUCCUCUCCUUUCCCCACUGCCCCCAACCCACAAGCUGCUGCUGUUCCCACACAUGUGUGGACAACAGAUGCGUGAAUGAAGCCGCUCUUUGAGGUAAGUAUUACCGCCACCAGCAGCCACAGACACGGACACAAAGACCACUGGGCACCUGAAGACCAGCCCACGGCAUCAGCAUUAGCAGGGUUUGAGCCACACCAGCCCACAGAGUCGGCCCUUGUCACUGCUUCCAGCCCCACAUCUGGCCAGUCUCGUAUCUGCCCACACAGAUUCUCUGUGGUCAGCUCAGCUGGCCCCUGAACCCCUUCCCAGAGUGGCCCCCAGAGCCAUGGAGAGUCUGAGCGAACUGGAGAACCCACUGCUGCCUCAGAGCCCCUACCCUUACCCUGAGGCUUCGCCCAGCUGGUCGUGCCAGGACAAGCUCUACUCCUACCUCCUGGGGGGCACAGGUCCUGCGCGUGCCCACCAGUUUCUGGACCCAGGGUCCCUGCAGCUGGCUGUCGAGGCCUGGUACAGACCCAGCUGCCUCCUGGGGAGGGACAUGGUCAAGGAGCCCAGGGCUGGCAGCUGCGAGACCAGCUUCACCGAGAGCCCACAGCCCCAGGCUGGGCCCAUGGAGCGGGACACAGGCGCUGACCAAGAGGAAGAAGAAGACGUCGCCAUCCAGACAGUGUCCUACGGGGUUCUCGAGGAGCUGCAAGGCCAGGAGGAUGAGCAGGAAGAGGAGGAGAGUGAUGUGACCUCCACAGAGAGCGAGAGUGAAGACAACUUCCUCACAUUGCCCCCCAGGGACCACCUGGGACUCACCAUCUUCUCCAUGCUCUGCUGCUUCUGGCCCCUGGGCAUCGCCGCCUUCUACUUCUCCCAGGGGACCAGCAAGGCCAUCUCCAAGGGGGACUUUCGUCUGGCCAGUACCACCUCCCGCCGGGCUCUCUUCCUGGCCACGCUCUCCAUCGCAGUGGGAGCUGGACUCUACGUGGCUGUGGUGGUGGCUCUGGCGGCAUACAUGUCUCAGAACGGUCAUGGAUAGUGGGCCCAGGGGCUGGCAUCCGUCUCCCCUGUUCCUGCACCUGGGUUGUAGAUGCUCUGGGGGCCCCUGAAGACCACCCCUGAGGGUGCCUUGUUGGGGGGCCUGCAGGCUUCCCUAUCACCUCAUCUUACCCAUGUCCCAGUUCUGGGGGUGGGCCAGGGAGCACCCCCACCCAUCCAACUGUGCUGGGAAGCAGGAGAAGAGGAAUACCCAGCUGGCCACUGGGGCAUACACCCUACUGGCUGGGAGCUUAGCCCUUCACUGGGGUCUCCUGCCCUGCCUGGGGUCCCACCACCCAACCUGCCAACCUAUCCACAGCAAAGGAGCAGCUUAGAGAGAUGGAAAAAAAGGGGUGCUGGAUCAGGGAAGUCGACUCAGGGCUUCCAGCUCAGAGAUAUCUCUA